GUGGACCAGCACCACUGCAUUGCCCUAUGUGUGUAUGACCUUAUGGAUAUGCAAUUGUGCGUCACCUUGGCAUUUUAGAGUGCGCGGGCCUGUGCGCGGGCUGAGCUCCCCUUGCUCUACGCAAAUGACAAAGUCUAGAUCGUCUUGUUCAGUAUGAAGAAAGAUUCUGCUGAUGGCAACAGCGCAGGCCGAGCGGCGCCUUCGCCUCGCGGCGACGAGGUCCCUGCUCUAUAGCCUGCCAAUUAACGAGCUGUUUGAGCUCCCUGGGCGGCCGCACGUCGUCUAUCAGCUCCGCAGCUAUGCUAAUACUAGCAAUCCGGAAGAAGCUGCAUUGGCAGCUCGCAGUGACUCGCCCUUCCUCUUCAAGGCGUUCGAGACGGGGCAAAUCGGCCCCAAGCGCCUUGCUCGCAUCCAUGGCGGCAAGCCGCGGGUCCACACCAUUCAUGAAUACCUAGAUUGGACGGUUACAGCCCAGGCGGCCGAGGGUGACGACGAUCUGGACUUCGGCGGCUUCCGCGUGCUGGUGAUUCUGCCUCGGUACCGCAGCGGCUGGCCCCCGCCGGGCGGGGACGUCACGGCGGCGGAGGAGCUGCGCAAGCCCAGCGUCAUGGGAGCCCCAAAGAGCCCCAUACCCGUACUCCAGUCGCACGGAAAACCCGUUACAGCUGCGACCAUCCGCUCCGGACCGGGCUACCUAGAAAUUCCCUUCGUGGCCACGCACGAGAACAAGCGCGGGCGGGGCUACUGCAGGUGUCUGGUGGAGGCCGUUGAAGAGAUCGCUCGGACGCUGGGGCUGAAGCGCCUCAUGCUGUGCAGUACCAACGACGCGUCGGUGCAGUCCACGUGGAAGCACCUGGGCUUCCACUACUGCCCGGACGAGCAGAUGGAGGAGUGGGACAUCCUGCACACCGACAUGGUGUACCUGCAGAACACUACGCAGAUGCAGAAGGACGUGCCGGCGCCGCGCCGCUUUAAGCCGGUGAUAAUCAAGCAUGAGGACUUCAAGCAGCGCAGCUACGCGUUCGUGGGCUUCAAGCGCGCGCUGCCGCCCGCGCGGCGCCACCCACCGGCCAAGCGCGUCAGCAGCAAGGCGCCGCCCAAGAAGGCACCGGCCAACAGUGAGGUCAGCGAGCGCAGCGAAUGCAGCAAGGACGACUCCCUGUCCGUAGCGGCGCGCACCGACCCCAUCGGCGCCGGGCUGCUGCCCAACGGCGGCGGCGGCGCCAGCAGCUCCAUGGUCGGCCGCGGCUCGCACGUCGGCGCGUCGCCACUGGGCAUCGGCGCCGCCGGCACCACGCCACUUGGCGGGCGAUUGCCCGGCGGCGAUGAGCCGCUGAUGGGCGGCGUGGCGGCGGGUGGGCUGCUGCACCCGCGUGACGACCUGCUGAUGGCGGGUGGCGGGCCGCCCACACCGCAGCCCGCAGACGGCGAGCCGCUGCGGCCGCUGCACAUGCACAUGCCGGGCGACGGGCCCGGCACCUCGCACUCGGCACUGGGGCGGCCGGGCAUGGAUGGGCAGCUGCACAUGGGCAUGCUGCCGCCGCCGGGCGAUCAGGGUUUGGGCUUGUGCGGGCCGGGCGGCCCCGGGCGGCUGCUGUGGCCUAACAACGGGCAACUUGGGUCGGAGGGGCUCGGACCAGGGCCGCCGCCAUUGGGGGCGGGCGCUGGGCCAGGCAGCAUGGGUGGCAACUUCGGCUGGCAGGGCAUGGCUGGCGGUGGCGUUGAUAACCUCUUGCAGCCGCAGCAGCAGCUCAGUUUGCAGCCGCUUCCCAUGCAAGGCGGAAGCAGCAUGGGCGGCGGCAUGGGCGGCGGCAUGGGUGGCGUCAUGGGUGGCAGCUUGGGCGGCGGCAUGGGCAGCAGCUUCGAGAGCUCCGGGGUGAUGCGGCAGGGGCUAUCACCGUCGCUGCAGCCCAACCCCGGCAACAUGCAACUCAGCAUGCAGGGCAUGGGUCAAGCGCCGAUGCUGCAGGGCAGUCCGCAGCCCGGGAGGCUCCAGCACAGCUCGCAGACUGGCAUGAUCCAGGGUAGCCCGCAGCUAGGAAUGAUCCCGACUGGGCCGCACCCCAAUCUGCUGCAGGGUAGCCCGCAGCCAGGGCUGUUGCAGCCCGGCAGCAACCAGCAGCGCGGGUUGCAGGGCGGGCAGAUGCAGGGCGGGCAGAUGCAGGGCGGCAUGCUGUCACUGCAGCCCGGCCCGCACGGCCAGUUCCAGAAUCGGCCGCUUAGCAACAUGCAGGGCGGCCUUUCGCCCAGCUUGCAGCAGCAACACCAGCACCAGCCCAACAUGAUGCUCAGCGGGCAGGGCGGCAUGCCACUCAGCCUGCAGGGUGGUCCGCUGCAGGGCAUGCACGGCUUGCAGCCGGGCGGGCAGGGUAUGCCGCUCACGCUGCAGGGCGGCGGGGGCCCCAUGACCAUGCAGGGCGGGCAGCAGCCAGGCGGCCAGCUCACGCUGCCAGGCAUGCAGCAGCAGGGGAUGCAAGUGGGUAUGCAGCAGCAGAACAUGGGAAGCAGCCUCAUGGCUGGCAGGCCCAUGGGCAUGCAGCCGGCCGCCACCGCAUCCAAUCUGCCGCACAUUAUGCAGCCGGGGAGUAUGUCGCUGAGCAGGCAGCCCGGCAGCCAGCCCGGUCAGAUGUUAGGCAUGCAAGGUAGCCUGCAGGGCGGCAUGCAGGGCGGCGGCAUGUCAACGGGUAUGUCCACGGGAAUGCUGCCUAGUGGUAUGGUGCCAAUGACCAGUGGCAUGAUGCCCAGCGGCAUGGUGCCGGUCAUGCAGGGCGGCAUGGUGCCGCAAGGAGGCCAGCAGGGCCUGGGCCACGGCGUCCAACCGCAGGGCCUGUACAGCAGCAGCAUGCAGCUUGGGCCCGGGGCCGGGCAGCAACAGGUCGGCGGGCUGCCAGGCGGGAGGCCCAUGAACAUGGCGGGAGGGCAGCAGUCGCACAUGCAGAUGGGCCAGCCCGGGGUCCAGCAGCAGCGGCUUGUGCAGCCGCCGCCAGGAAUGGGCUUCGUGCCGGCGCCCGGCACAGGAUUCGGCGGACCGGGCAUGCUGCCAGAUGGCGCGGGGUGAUUGGUGAACAUGACGCAGCUUCUCGAAGGAGCGUGUAAACUGUACCUCUACUUGGCGUAUUCUUGGCGUGUGUACUUUUGGGUGUGCGUGAAAGCAGGUGUGGGCUUCGGUUGUAAAUGUGUGCGGACGGAGUGGUGCCAUCCGCACCAAAGCAGCCGUUUUUGUUUCCAGCUAUUUAGAGUAGCAGACAAGAGCUCAGUUUGGGUUUAGAUGUAGGCUGCAAGGACUGUAGCGUGAUUGCCAAUGAGUGAGCACAAGAAGCAGGAAUCAGCAGUCAGGGCAGGCGAGAGAGUCUCGAGAUACGAGCGCACUGGACAGGACCAGGAAGUGUAGGACUUGCAUGCUUUAGGCCGUAGCUGGUGUUCCAUGUAAAGGCAGUCAGCGUGCAGCCGCGCACUGGGUGCCUGUAGCGAGUCGGUGUCUCGGUGAAUGCGCCACACGCGUUUGGCCUGCGCCUGAAUUUCGAACACCGCGAAUGGGGAACCUGGUGCGACCGAGGACGGCGAGAAGUAGCCACGAAGGCACAAAGUACAGGAACAGCCAAAGCGGCUGUGAGUUAGGAUCGGCCAAAGCGAAAUAGGACACAGCGUAUCUUUGAAAGUGACGGGACG